AUGAGCGCCGCCGCUCUCUACAGCCUGGACUCGCCGGCAUGUUAUAAGAGCUGGUGCCUGGAGCCCGCCAACUUCUACGACGCCAAGGUGGGCAGCGGCGGCGGGCCGGGUCCCGCCUGCAAGCCGGGGGCCCGCGGCGGCUGCGGGAUGAGCGGCGAGGAGGCGGGGGGCGGCCUGGGGGGCAGCGGCACCAACCUGGCGGAGCUGAGCGCCGCCGCCCCGGCCAUGUACGAGGACGAGAGCGCCAUCGACUUCAGCUCCUACAUUGACUCCAUGUCCGCCGUGCCCAACCUGGAGCUCUGCAACGACGAGCUCUUCGCCGACCUCUUCAACAGCAACCACAAGCCCGAGCGGGGCGGGGAAUACGGCGAGUACUUGCCACCGGGCGGCGGCGCCGGCCGCGACCCCGCCAAGGACCUCGGCGCUGCCAUGACCACCCUGCUGGGCUCCGAGCCCCGCACCGCCUCCUCCUCCUCCUCCUCCUCUUCCUCCUCCUCCUUCUCCUCCCGCGGCGCUCUGAAGCAGGAGCCGGACUGGAGCGACAGCGACCUCUCCUCCUCGCUGCUGCCCUCGCAAAUCGCCACCUGCGCCCAGACCAUCAUGAACCUGAGCGGGCAGCCCACGCCGCCCACGUCCCCCGAGCCGCCGGGCAGCAGCUCCCCCUCCAGCUGCAGCACUCGCUCGCCGGGCCCCGCCGCCGCCGCCGCCGCCGUGCCCGGGCCGGCGCAGGGCGUCCCGCCGCCCGCCGCCGCCGCCGGGGGCAAGGAGCGCGGCGGCAAGAAGUGCGUGGACAGGUUUAGCCCCGAGUACCGGCAGCGCCGGGAGCGCAACAACAUCGCCGUGCGCAAGAGCCGCGACAAGGCGAAGCGGCGCAACCAGGAGAUGCAGCAGAAGCUGCUGGAGCUUUCGGCCGAGAACGAGAAGCUGCACAAGAAGAUCGAGCAGCUCACCCGGGACUUGACCAGCCUCCGGCACUUCUUCAAGCAGCUGCCCAGCGCUUCUUUCCUGCAGCCCGGCUCGGGCACCGACUGCCGGUAACCGGGGGGGAGCGGGACGGAGAGACGGACUCCGGGAGACGGUGGAUAAAUACCUCAGAGGGCCGUGCCGAGCCCUGCCGGGCCGUGCCGCGGCGCCCCGGGCCGGGCCGGGCGCGGCAUGAGGCGCGGAGCCGCGGCGGGACCUGCCGGCCCGCGGCCGCGCUCGGAACGCGGCGGCGACGUGGAGCGAUGCCUGGGUCUUUCACCACGAAACUUGCGAAAAAGGGAAAAAAAGCUAAAUAUAUUAUUUUUUUUUUCUUCUCUCCCCUUAAAUUAUUUUUGUAAUGGUAGUUUUCGUCUUUUCUACAUUUUACUCAUGCCGAUGCAGCUAUGGUACAUCUGUUAAAGUGAUUCAAAAUCCCAUGUAUUUUAGACAGUAGGAUGGAAAAAAAAAAGACUGAGCAUGCUCAACCUUUUAUAUCAAUUUUUACAGCAUUUCUAAGAAUAAAGAAAAGCAUUUUAAAUCCA